AUGUUCAAUAAAUUGAAGCUGAGGAAAGCUCCUCUUUCACUCUCUUCUGUGUCAAAUGCUAUAAAGAAUGCAGGGAAUGCAGACUUAUCACCGCAAGAUCUCGCACCAAAGCAUCUAAAGCUAGCGGUUGGGGAUCAAUUGGGUCUUCCCCCAGAUUCCAUCGUAACCGCUGCAUAUGACCCCGUUCAAUCUCUUUUGGCAAUUUGCACGAAGGAAAAUACCAUCCAUGUUUAUGGUCAGCAGACUGUUGAGGUGGUCUUCGAGUUCAAGACAUCAAGCACCAUUGAACAUUUGAGGUUCAUCAAGGGUGUUUACUUGGUGUGUGUUCAAUCACUGGGAGGAAUCACCGUGUUGUCGUUGCACUCCAAAUCCAUUUUAGCCAACUAUACUUGCCCUGGUACUGUCACGGCAGUAGCAUCAGACCCUUCUUUGGAUUGGUUAGCUGUUGGGCUUAACAACGGUUCGGUUGUGUUUUAUGAUGUUGACAGAUUUACGCUUGCUCCUUUACGAGUUGAUAAUUUGCAAAAGAUGGUCAUACCCAAGCAAAAGAUGUCACCAGUGCUUGGUAUCGAAUGGCAUCCAAGAGAUAUUGGCACUCUUUUGGUAACUUACGAUCAUUGUGUAGUCCAGUGGUCUAUUACACUGGGCAUUAUCAAGAACGCAUUUGUUUACCAAUUAACUCGAGAAUGCAGAGGAUUUGAAUACUCUAACUUUGUUGAGCGUGGAGGCAAGAAAAAAGUGUUUGGGUCUGCCAAGGAGAUUAUACCCCUGGUGGCAGAGGCCCAUUACCACCCUAACGGUCUUCACAUGGUGUCCGUACACAACGACGGAACACUUGCUUUUUGGGAUACAAACUCAGCGACUUUACUUGAAGCCAGGACAGUGAUGGCAACGGGCCUUCAAAAGCACGGUGAGCCUGCCGGUAAUCUCAAUUUUGAAGAAGCACCUUUGGCAAUUCGAGCAAGGUGGAUAGCCGGUUUGGACCCCGAACUUACACAACUUCUAGUGACCGGUGCUUCUAGAUCAGACCCUGAAUGCGUUGAUGUAUUAGACUUUGGCUUAACGUUGAAGUAUAGUUUAACUUCACACGAGAAACAAGGCGAAUUCUAUUCUCGUCCUCAGGAUGGCCAAAGAAAGCUAACGGUAGCUUUCAAUCGCAGAAAAAAGGAUGAUGGACCUAAUGAGAUUAUUGAAAAGAUUAUCCCUCUCGCACAAGACGGACUAUUAUACUUCAAUGGCUGUCAUAACCCAUCUAGUAUACUUUUCAUUUCCAAUUUGGGUGCAGUUUACUUGACCAAGUACAACCCAGAAGCGGGAGGCCUUGCUACUACCAGGAACCUCCUUCUUCCUCCAUCAUUGUCAUUUACCGUUCCACCAACGACUUUCUUCUCGACAGUUUCUGUCAAGAGGAUGGAGUGGUUCGGCGUGCUCUCCAGCAGGAAAAAUGCCGCUGCUAAUCAAAAUGAUCUGGCUUUAGUCAAUGGUGGCGCUCCUGUGAACAAAAGCUUUCCAAAAACUGUUGGGUUUGAUGAUAACUACCACAAUAUUGUGAUCACAGGACACGAAAAUGGUGAUGUGAGAUUUUUAGACGUCACAGCAGGCGAGUUUCAUAACGAAGAAAAGUUGAUUGCUUUGGAAUUCAGAAAUACCCUUUUUAACGGAAAAGAAUCAAGUUCUUAUCGCAUUGCACAAGUGUCAUGCAGUUUUGAGAGCAGGGAAAUGAUAGUUGGUCUAGCGAACGGAAAUGUUGUGAUUUGUAAAGUCGCCAAGCUUGGCCAUAACCCAUUAGCACAACCUCCUGCAAACCAAGGGUAUGAUCAAUGUCCUGUUCAACACCGAAAUGGACAAGCCCGUAUUGUCAAUUUGAGGAACAGAAUACUGGGCCCCUUUUCCUCCUCUAGUUUUCUUCCAGAACAUCUUUUAGUGCUCGACCUGAAAGAUAAAAUCACGAGCCUUAAGAUGUCGCAAGCAGGAUUUGCCGCUGUCGGCUACAGGUCGGGUAGACUUGUUGUUUGCGAUGUAUCCAGAGGUCCGGCUGUCAUAUUAAACCAAGAAUUCGUCUCUAGCUACGUUCCCUCAGUCUCUGGAGAGUGCUUCGUGACUACAAUUGAAUUCGCUAUCAUGGAAUACGGACAGGAAGGCUAUUCUUCUUUGUUGAUGCUUUGUGGAACCAGUGCCGGGGGAAAUCUUCUUGUAUUCAAGAUCGUUCCUCUUCCAUCGGGAGGAUUUGAGGUGCAGCUAGCAGACAAAACUAUCGGUCUUAAUUAUAGAAGUUCAGAGAACAACCUGGAUAGUGGGCUUGAUAAAAUCAUUCCAAUCAAUGUUUCAAACGGGUCUCUGGCUGUGGCCACCCUUGAUGUGUUCCAAAGAUUAGCCCAGGGUGUUCAGAUUCAGGGCUUGAUCGUCACCACAUCCGCUCGGGACAUCCGAGUCUUGAAGACUCCAAAGCAAAAGCUAGCGCAUAAGGUCGUGGAUGAGAAUUGCGUUGCGAGUGGUCUUGUGAACUUUCGUGCCGCUAAGGGUGUUGUUCUUGCGCUGUUAACAAAGAACGGCUUUUUGAAGCUCUUUUCUUUACCUGCCUUGAGUGAGUUAGCGGACAUCAAAUUACCCAACGAUGUUUACAAACGUAUCCAAAGAGUUUUGGAAGGCCGGAGUAGUUCAGGUUCCGAAAUUCUUCCAUCAGGUGAAGUCAUCCUCAAGCUCAACCAAUCCGAAAUGCUUGACUUUAUGCUCUACGACGAGAAAUCACACAAAGAACCCAAAGAAAAGCUUUCAGAUCUUUUGUUUAAUGAAAAUGCAAUCAUGCCACCACGCCCGGCAGCUGGUGCAUUACUGUGGGCAAAGGGACAAACCACUUUUGUUACUCCAAAAGAUCUAGCUGCCUUGAUAGCCGGUCCAAAUAGGAAACCAGCGAAGCAUCUCGAGAGUGACUUGGCCUACAAUAUUAGUCCGGAAGCAAACCCAAACCAAUCUUACGCAUAUGGCGCACCCUCAACGAAAGGUGGAAGAAAAGAUAGAGCCUACGACGAGCCAGUCAGGAAGUCAGCAAAUGCCAAUCCAUACUCUUUUGGAACGCAAGGGUUCAUGAAAUCAAUGAGAGAUGGCUUGGAUUAUGUCGAGAACGGUAUUAACGACUUUGGAAGCGGCCUCUCUGAAUCGAUGACGGAGACAGCUGACAGUACCAAGAAGUCAUUUUAUUCGCUGGCCCAAACGGCCUUCUACUCUACAGAGCUUGUCAGGAUGUCAUACCAAGGAAAAGAAAACGUCGAAACGACCCCAUCUAAAUGCGGUGACAAGUCUUUCGCUGAAAACUCUCCCACUCCCUCCAAGAGAACCCUUCGCCCUAUUUCGCCGAAUAAACAGAAUACCGUUGGGGUUGGAAAGUUGAGCUUUCUCCAAAGUGAUAAUAUUGACGACCACUUUGAGCAAAUCCAUGGCUCCAGCGAAGAAAUAAAACAAACUUUGUAUGAUAUACAGACAAAUACCAAGCAGACAAGCGUUGAUCUUGGACAGCUUAUUGACAGAUCGAAGAAUAACAAUCAGAAUUUGAACCGCGUGCUCGAAAGCAUCGCCAAGUAUUCCGAAGAGGUCACUACGGAGGGAAAUGCAACAAAACAUGACGUUACCAAGAUCCUAGAGAGACUUGAUUCAUUCGACAACGUUGGGACAAAAGAAGAGCUUCACCAAAUCCGUGAAUUGCUCAACUCCGGGCAAGGGGAGGGUCAUAUUUCUGAAGUACUCACGCUACUUAAUAGUGUCAAAGAGGAUAACAAAUCCUCAACAUCAAAAAUUCGUGAAGAUCUCGACAAGCUUUCACUUUCGCUUGAAUUACAGGAGCCUUCAUCGCAACAACAUUCUCCCGGUCUUGCCAAAGAUAUAGAUGCGAUAAGAGCGAUAGUGGAAGAGCAGUCUCGCACUAUUCUGAUUCUCGAGCGAAAAUUGGACUUACAGAAGUCUUUCCAGGAGCUCGACAAACGGAAUGCUGAACUUAAGCGCAACUACGCUCUUCUUAGUGAAAGUUAUAAGGAGAAGUUCAACCAGUACACUCAUUUAAGCGAGCAGUAUAAUACACUUGAGCUUAGUGCGAGACAGCUAUCGAAAGAUAUUGAAGGAAGCAGCACGCAGAAGUAUAACAAUCUACAACAAUUACACUCCCAAAGACUUGGUGCCUUUGCUGAUGCAUCUAAUGGAGGAGGCAUAGACAUACCAAAGAAGAGAGUGGUGAGUAUGCCUCUCAAGGAAGUGAAAGAAGAAGUUUAUGGGGCUAACGAGGAAUUUUAA